AUGCUUACCCCAAUAGGUUUCGAGUUGCUUAUCAAAGGUCUACAGCCAGGCUUAAUCAACGGUCGUGUUGACAAACUGCGUAAAUUGAUGUUGGAAUCGAGAAUAACAAGUCAACGGUCGACACAAACAACAGCUCAAGUACCUGCAUAUCCCUUAAUCAUUGCAAGCGAUAACUUUUGUAUGGUGUACAUCUGUGAGAUGGGCUUGUACAAGGUCAUGCAGAGACUAGACUCUGUGGCUUGA